AGUUCAUGAGCGGUCAUUUUAAGCUGUUUAUAAUGCAUAUAGUAGUCGUUGUAUAAUAACAUGGCGGGAUGCUGAACAUUACUGAACAUUAAUUCUUGUAUUUUAUGCACCUGUGUUACUACAUCUUAACGAGUGUUCUUUGAGCCUUGAUUACCGUAGUUUUGCGAUGAACAUAAUGAUAUUGAAUGAUGAUUUGACGAACAUAUAACGCCAUAGAGUAAUGUGAGACGAGUGACUUUUUGUUUCUUUUAAGAUGGUAGCAAAAAUGUCUUCAAGUUGUUUGGAACCAAAAUAUUCCAAUUUCGAAUCGAUAUAUAAGUGGUUCCUAGUCUUUCUACCUCUAGCACCUUUUUUGAAUCAAUUAAGUCUUCCGCGGGCCCUGAAUGAAAUCAUGGAUGAAUCAUGCGGCGGUCAAAGAAUCGUUGUUUUGAAACGCUUGUUUUCCUUAUUAUUUUGUUUAAAUCUCAUGUUAUAUAGGGCAACAACUCAUUCGAUGGGACUUCCUGCACUUGAUAUACUAUUUAUGUAAUAUGAUGCUACAUGUUUGCAAUAAUGCAAAUCUCAUAUCAACGUCCAAUUCGGAUUUUGACUUGUCUUGUCUCGAUUUAAAAAAAGAGUUGAAAGUUAGCGGGGAUAUAUAGAAACAAAAGGAGCUGUUUAUGAGCUGGGAAAUCAUGUCUUGUAUUUCUAUGGAAAAUGUGACCCAAGUAGAUACAAACAGGAUUGAGGAAUGGAGCAGCAUUUGCGCGCACUAGAAAUCCAAAUGAGCAAUUAUUUCCGAUUUAAGAUUCGUGUACAACCCGUCCCUUUUGUCAGUCAUAAUGCUGAGCCUCUUGCGAUAUCGACCUUCAGGUGAUCGUUCUUAGUCUUUGCCACAAAUACAUAAAUAACAUGUAGCUUAAUCAGUUAAAUUUGCUUGCCCUAUAGCUUCAAGUUUCGUGAAUUCAGACACUCAUACACAGUAUGCAUUUUAAGUUCUGAGACUCAGACUAUCUUGUAUAGCCAUGAAUGCUGUCGUAUGAAAAUUCAUGUCUCGAAGACUCAUGUAUGUACAAUGCACUCACCAAGCUGUAAAUCUUCCAGCAAAAUACGCCUUAUGCUGCGCUUGGAAACGUUGCUAGACUCUUGUUUGCGGAAAGGUUUGCGCCGAACAGGUACACGAACGACAUGGAUGACAUUGUGUAGCCGUACCGAGUUCGGACGCACCCUCUAUCUUUAACUGAGAGAACUAUGAAAAACUCAAUUAAUAAUUACAGGAACACAACCAAAAUUUUUCGCUAAAGUAAUAUGUUUUUUUUACUGAUUUACAUUUUAAGUUAAUGUUUUUCAUUUGUCGUACCUAGAUAUUUCGAAGUUUAUUGCUAUGAAUUUGAAAAAAAACUAGACUUCUUUAUUGUAUAACUGUUGAUGGAAAAACUACAUACAGAUUUAAAACUUUUCUUUAUGAAUCAUUGAUAAGGUGAAUAAACAAUGACCCAAAUAAUUUCAUAAUAACGUAACGUCUGAGUGAUGCAACCAUAUGCUGUUACCAAAAUAUCAAUAAAAUAAAAAGGUAUAUAAAACUUAUUCCACUUUUCAUGAUUUUAGGAUUUUGGCACUGAGAAAAGAGUCUCGAUUGAUCAAUUUCAGAAAUAUUUGUUCUAUGUCUGUUUUUUGCUCAAAAUAAAAACUUCACAUUUGACAUCACUGAUCAUACCAAGAAAAAGUGUCAGAAGUCUUUCCAGUCUACCAAAUAAAACGUUUCAAUGAAACUCGUGUAUUGGAAUAGGAUAUUUUGCUCUACUCGACAGUGACUGGAGCUGAGACGAGAUGAAUUGUUCGUCUCGUCAUAUGGAAUAUGGCCCUAUAUAUAAGGAGAUUGUUACACCUGACCGAACAGCUAUAUAUAAGGAGAUUGUUACACCUGACCGAACAGCUAAUGGACGAUAUUACCCCAGAGUUUUGAAGCAUUUGACGGCCAGAAUCCUCCGAACUCCCCAACCCAAACCUCACAAUCCAGGAAGUUUGGCUCUUCUAUAAAACAAUGAGAGUAUUCAGAUCCACAUAUUCGAUGAAGUUUGAAGACCAUAUCAAACAAUGGUUCCGGCAGAGUCUUACUGGCAAUGUCAUAUCGAUGAACCAUACAAUUAAAACCUUCGGCGUUUGGAGCACGCUGCUUAACCUUUUACUGAAGCAUUACUUGGUCACUGGUCCCUCAAUCCAAUUCGAAAAAAGCAUUGAUUUAGGCCAUCAUAUAUUCAGAUUUGGUAGUAUCUUCCAAAUCGUAAACGUACCACACAAAUGUCUUCAGUUGGGCACAGGAUCUGACAUCCGUAGAUUCAUCGUGUUGGAUUGCAACUGAUUUGUCAACAAUUCAUUGAUUUUUUAUAUCACACUGGAUUCUUCUUGUACGUGAUUUUUUUCGCGAUUCACUCGAAAUACGCGAUUUUUUUACGAGAUUUACUCGAAAUUAAGCGAUUGUUUCCAAGCGAUUUUCUUGAGAUUACGCGUUUCUUUACGCGUUUUUUAGCCCACACACGGCCACUCGCCACUCUAGUGGGUAAUCUAGCAGAACUUUUCCGGAAAAUAAAAUUUUGAUCCUAUCUAAUUUGUUUCAAUGAACAAAAACCACAAAGUUUCACUGCAAUCUGAGAUGGUGCUGGCAACUCCUAAGACGAAUUGGUAUGAAAUUCGUCAUCUUCCCCUUUGCGAUCGAAGACUGUUGACAAUCUUCAACCAAUCUUCAGAUCUAGGAUCAGUCGAUCUUUAGAAAACGGUCGAUCUUGGUGGAUGAUUUUCCAAACGGCGUAGGGAUCGAUUCACUGAUUAAAUCGGUACUAAAGAAUCAAUCUUUGAAAAAUGGAAUUCCUUUUUUCCAAUUUACUUACUUAUUCUAUAUAAAUGUCGCCUUUUCUUUAAUCCUCGAUUCAUACAAUAUAUUUACGAUUACAUUGUUCAUAAACAUAUGUCUCUGAUAAACCAUACUUUAAAGUCACCUAAUUGAAGUAUUACGGAAGAUAUUAAUAAAAAUCUACAAAUAUUAGUUCGAUUCAGAGGAAGAUACUGAGAGUUCUUUUAGUUGAGGGUGUAUGAGAAUCGUGUGUUUAUGAAUCUAGGGUUAAACAUGGAAUAAACAUUCCACAUUUCUAUUCAAACAUCAAAGGCAUUUUUUUAUUCUGAGCAUGAAGGUUACAAAAAGAAAACUUGAAAGUCCAGAAAAAUAGUAUUUUCCAGGGCAUUUACCUUGUACCGUCCUGAAAUCAUUUAAUAUAAUAAAAUAACUGAAAAUUAUUAGAAAAUCAACAACUGAUAUUCAUCUAGAACUCCGCCAAACGUCGGGCAGUUAGUUGGAAACUUAAUAGUAUUCACAGUUCUGGAACAAAACUUUUCGGCCCUGAUGUAAUCAUCCAGUUCCGUCUCGAUUUUCACUGUCAGUUUAGUGUAUAUGUUGGCGUAAAUAUAACUGAUUGUUUUGUAAUUAUCAAACUUACAAAACUGCUUCUCCUAAAUUUACGACCACUAAUUUGACAACCUUGAAAAGGAUCCAAUGUUUAUGAAAUUUGUCAGGUGGUUUUAAGUGUGAUUAAAAUCAAUGUUCAUUGGAAAAUUAAAAAUCUAAAAAAUCUGCUAUCAAAAAGAUCCGAAAUAUCGAAAACAAAAGAUCGAUUUUCUCGAUUGGAUUGGAGUACAAAGAAUCGAUCCGAAAAAUCGGAAAUAGGAGAGGGAAAGCUCGAUCUUCUAAAUAUCGAUCCAAAAUCGCCCAAUCCUAAUUGGAUCUACAACAAUACCAAACCCAAGAAAUCAUGGGUAGACCCAGUAUAACGAGGUCGCAACCAAAACGGAAGUUCCGCAGUCAGUCUAUCUUCUAUCUUCUAUCCAUAUAUAUAAAAAUGGAUUUCUGUCUGUCUGUCUGAUUCUUAUAGACUCGAGAACUACUGAACCGAUCAACAUGAAAAUUGGUAUGUAGGAGUUUUCGGGAUGAUGGCCCCCCUCUCUAAGGGCCAUACAAAUGAAACACAAAUUUCUGUAUAACUCGGGAAUUAAUCAAGCAAAUGGAACGAAAUUUGGCAUGUGAAAGUUUUAGGGUGUAAUAAAUAUUUUUACGGUUGUUAGACACUCCAUACAAAUGAAACACAAAUUUCUGCAUAACUUGAGAAUGAAUCAAGCAAAUGAAACCAAAUUUGGCAUGUGGAGGUUUUAGGGUGCAAUAAAUGUUUCUAUGGUGGUUAGACACUCCACCCCCCCUCUAUAAGGGGGAGCUGCCAUACAAAUGAAAAACAAAUUUCUGCAUAAUUCGAAAACUAAUCAAGCAAAUGGAGCCAAAUUUGUCAUGCGAAUGUUUUAGGGGACACGAAACGUUUCCAUGGUGAAUAGACACUCCUCCCCUCUCUCUGAGGAGGGAGCUGCCAUACAAAUGAAACUCAAAUUUUUGCAUAACUCGAGAAUUAAUCAAGAAAAUGGAACCAAAUUUUGCAUGUGGAGGUUUUAGGGUGCAAUAAAUGUUUUUACGGUGGUUAGACACUCCACCCCUCUCUCUAAGGGGGAGCUGCCAUACGAAUGAAACGCAAAUUUUUGCAUAACUCGAGAAUUAAUCAAGCAAAUGAAACCAAAUUUGGCAUGCGGAUGUUUUAGGGUGCAAUAAAUGUUUUUACGGUGGUUAGACACUCCACCUACAUCUCUAAGAGGGAGCUGCCAUACAAAAUUAGAGGAUCAAUCAAUGAACAGUUCUGCGAUUGGACUCAUGAACUUGCUCAUAGUAUGGAAACAUGAAUGUUUGGAAGUAUUGAUAACAAAAAACAAAUUUUGGGCGGGACGAAGUUUGCCAGGUCAGCUAGUUUCCAAUAAAUGCUUAUCCUCAGCCUUUUUCUGACAAUAUUUUGAGAAAAACUUGAGAUCCCACGCUUCAAAUAUUAGGUGCGUGUUGAUACUUGAAUUAUUUGCAAGAUCUGAAAAAAACGUAAUAGCUCUGAGUCAGAGACUAGGAGUUGGUAACUAGGGCAUUACUUAAGCUAUUACAAGCCUGGAAGGCAAACACUUCCGUAUCAAAUCACAAGCAAGAAGAAACCCGUUUCAUCAUUUCUCGCGUUGUAUCCUCUCUCUACGAACACGUUGUUAUCGGUAAGGAUCUGUUAAAAUGUUGCAUUUUUUUCUUUUUUCAUGCAUUUAUUCGUUAACGGUGUUUUUCCAAAAUCAGUUGCGUACUUUCGAUACAUAGCCAUAACAUCUUUUGAAAUUGUUUCCAAUUUUAUUUUGUAAUGGGCAAAUAAUAUUAAAAUAUUUAUGAUUUAUUUUUUUUUCGACCGAAUACUCUCAUCUGUAGCUAUACAAAUAUCUCUGAUGUUAACGCUUUGCACCACAAUCAUUAAUGGGGCUAGUGUUUCCAAACAAGACCAUGGCAUUAUUUGUUGUUAUUCCGAUAGAAUUCACCGGAUGGCGACAAUAUGAGCGUGACGCAUGUGCAUAAAUUACAAGCAAAUGUGCGCAAGACCGAGGCCACAGCCUCUUGCUUACAGCAUAAAAAAAAAUUCAUGGCUUUUUGAAAUUAAAGUAAAACGCGUACCGAUAAUAUAUGUCGUACAAUGAAAUUGCUCCUGUUUAUAUGAAGCAGUUCUGUGGGAACGGAAAAGAGCACAUAUUUGUUUAAAUGUUUAGUUUACAUUCUUGGUGGUAAACAGUCCACAGUGAAACUAUGUUGCGUUCACUCCAGCCAAGAAAAGAUAUUUGGACAACACCAACCCAGUUACAGUCAAGUAUAUGUGCGUAUCGAUUUGCGAAGCGGUUUGAAGGGAAGAAAACUCCAUCAAAUCACCGGCUCUGAAUAGUGACAGGCAAGAUUCUUCGUUCCAGCUUGCUCCCUGCUGCGGAAAUGAACAUAAGACUACUGCACUGAAACGCGCGAAGAAUGGUCAACUCACCCUCACCUGCAGUUGUUUAUUUCUUGGUGUAAGCUGCCUCGUUAGUUUAUCACGUGUUUGCCUGAACUUUUACGCUAUUCCACCUAUACAUACUAUUUGUAGUUGUCAACCAUAGGAUUGCGUUCGCGGUACAUGUAAAUGGUGAAAUAUAGACGUUGUGCGGCCGGUUUGAUUCAUGAAUGAAUUAGACAUCGAUAUGACGAAGAAACGUACUUAAAUCGUGUUGUGAAACGUAUCGUGCGAAAUAGUGUGAUACAUGCUUAUGCCUUGUCGAGAAUAAAUUGUGAAAAUAAGCUAAAUUUCGAUCGGUCAAUAUCGAGCUAAUACAAGGCGAUUUAUUGGUGUACUGAUUAAAUAAAAAGACAUCACUGACAACGAGUGAAAGCAAAGUGAAAAAUAAAGGAUACAAAUUCAGAGAAAACAUCAAAUCAUUUUAGUCAUAGAAACCUACGCACUUCAUUGUGAACUUUGUGGAAAACUUAGCAGAGAGAAUAUUUGUGGCUGUGUAAUUGAAACUGCUUGGCGUUAUUGUUACAGGAAAACAAUCCUAAGGUGACAGUAGUGUUUGUAAUAUUGUCGUGAAUCGUAGCCGGGGGAAUACAGCCAAACUAUGAAUCCAGGGCAUUCGGGAACAUCGAGGCGACCCUAUUCAAGGGGAAACGCUCCAAGGAAUCGCUCUCGUAUUCCGUUUUCACCUCAUCAUUCCCAUCAUUCCAACCGCAACCAUGGUGGACAUAAUCAAGCGUGGUACAAUAAGGACAUGGAAAGCAGCUUUAACUAUGGUGAUAAUAAUGGGAAUAGUCCUAAAGAAUCCUACACAUAUUCACCAAAAUCCCCGCCAAUGCAAUUACAUUCCCCUUCCAUCACAAAUCGUCCAAUCUUAAUGCCUUACGGUGCUACUGAUGAUGGUAGUGUUAAUAAUAGAUCUCAACAAAUUCUUAGAGCUGGACCAAGUCAUAUUGACCGUCGUAAUAACAUGAGUAUGCAGGAUAGAAACCGGCAUACGACAAGUAUUUCAACUGUUGAUCGACAUUCGAAUCACUUUGAAGGACCUUCUCACUCGUCUAGAGGGUCUGAUUUGCAUCUUGACAACAGAUCUCUGUUAUCGAUUGAUUCGAUGCGAAAUAGUCGUGAGAAUAAUAGGGAACGUGUUAGCCCUCCGUAUCAUCAGGUUAGUGGUUCCCACUCUAACCACCAAACUCCAAGUCCUCCAUACGGCUCUGAGGGAAACAAUGGUAUAAAAUCGGAUAGUCCGUCUCGUAAACGACGUCGUGUUUCGAGAAUGCCUAGUCAGUCUCCACCAGCCAUUUGGGAGAAUCGAAGAUCACCUCGAAAUUCUAAUAGUCAUCAUAAUAAUCAACACAACCAUCUUCCACAACAACAGCAACAGCAACAUCAACAACAACAACAACUUCAACAUGCAAAUCAACUUCUUCAAACUCAACAUAAUCAUUUACAUCUGCCUCAGCAUCAAUCUGGUUCUGCACAACUGCAACAGGGCAGUCCACCAUUGCGUAGACCACGAUUCCGAGAACAGCCACGUCCUUGGGAAUCGAUGCCACAGGUUUUCCAACAACCAUCACCACCUCAACCACAGCAUCCAUCGUUAAUGGUUGAUAUCAACCAGGUCCCUGUGAGCCUUCCACUGGGCCACCAUGAGCAGCUGUGGACAUAUUCGGCGGGACCACACAUCUCAAUAUGCUCAGGACAUCCAGCUGCACCUCAUAUACCUCCGUGUCAGGUCCAUGGAGUUUAUUCACAACCUUUUGCUCAAACAUGUAAUAUUGGCGGACAUUUUGGAGCAUUCGCAUCGACACCCACUGCUUUGGCCGUACCUCACCCGCAACCCCAUCAGCCACAUUACCAACACCCACAUCUGACUCAACAGCGCACUGAUGGGUUAUCUCUUGACGGUUUGGACCAUGCUAGUGCUUCGCCCCUGCAUGUAUCCCCACUUGCAGCCGCCCAUAUCCAUUCCUCUCCACAAAUGGCUCAAAUAUCUCCGCCCCAUCCGAUUUAUAUUUCAACCGAAGUAAGUAUACAAGAUAGCAAAACUUGGGCGUUUCAGAUGUUUCAUAUUAUUUUCCAAAUAUCGACCGUGUUAAAUAUUCUUCAGGGACGUACCACUCAGUUCGAAUUGCUACACAGAACGGCGCGCCGGGCCAUAACCGCUCCACGCCGGAACUUCACUCGUUUCCACUGGCCGGCACCACCACCGUCCCACCCUCAUGCGCAUCCAGCUCAUCGCCAUCCAAGUUUGCAGCAUCAAACGCUGCCACCACAGCCAACGCAGGUUUCACUAUCUGCCACACCGUCCGCCUAUUCUGGCAUUCUGUUGAACUUCCUAGCCAUGUUCCCGUUGUCAACAUACGGUCAGCCGGAUCUUAAUUCACCCGACACAAACGAAACAGAGAACUACGAAGCCCUGUUGAGUUUAGCAGAACGUUUGGGAGAGGCAAAACCGCGAGGUUUGGCACGGCCAGAAAUUGAUCAGCUGCCAAGCUAUAAAUUCAAUGCUGAAACCCAUACAGGAGACCAAACUUCCUGCGUUGUCUGUAUGUGCGAUUUCGAGGCAAGGCAGAUAUUACGCGUUUUGCCAUGCUCACAUGAGUUCCACGCUAAGUGCGUUGACAAGUGGUUAAGGUCAAAUCGAACCUGCCCAAUCUGUCGUGGUAAUGCGUCUGAGUAUUUUGAAGGCACCGAGGAACAUUAAAUUAGUUUAAUUCCAAUCACAUGCAGGUUCGCAGAGCUAACAUCGAAGCUUUACUUCGUUUGUAAUGACUUUUGUGAAACUUCUGCCGUACAAGUUGUGAAAUGAAGAUGCUGUCACUUUGUUUGAUUGCACUGAAGAAGGCCGAUGGAAAAGCAAAUUUAUCCUUGCUAUGAGACAGCAUGAUCGGACUACAUCAGAAGAGAUGAUAAUGUAUACGUUGCUUUUCUCUGACAUGCAGUUUCGCUAUCACUAGUGAUUGGGAAUCGGUUUCGAGUUCCGCUGAUCAGUAAACACAUCUUUAUCAAAUAUUUGCAAAUUAUUGGUCCUGUGAAAAUUUUCAACUCGUAUGGUUUAUAUAUUAGUACAUGUUGUAGUUUAAAUAACGUAAGUUUUCCUCAAGCAUAAAAACUGUUAUUGCAGUAAACAGACUUGAAUUUUUCUAAUGAACGUCGAUAUGUCGAUUCGGAAGAUGCACCCGCCUCUAAGACAUUCUCAAGUAGCAAUAAAGCAAUUUUAUACCCAGUGAAAAUCGUAUUUUAGAGAAAAAAAUAGCAUUAAGCGGUUCUUGCAAAAGCAUUUAUUGUUCUUUCCCCCCAAAUAAUAAAAUUUCUAAAUCUUCUAUUUUUUAAAUAUGAUAUGAAACUAAAAGUAAACACAGAAUAUAUGGUGUGAGAAAUAAUGCAACGCAUAUUGUUAGCUUUAUUUUUGUAAUCAGUGUAAUCCAUAGAACGAAAAAAUAUAUCGGUGUGAUCGGAGUGUUAAUAAACAUUUCCAAGUUAUUGUCUAAAAUAAUAACAUAAUAUAAAAUUUCACAGUAAAGUUCAGCGUGACAAAUGACGGUUUGAACACUGUCAGGCCAAAAUGAAUUUUCACCCAUCAAGAAAGGGUCGCUUGAAUGAGAAACAAUGUGUGGCUAACUAAUUCUCUUCGCUAAUCGAUGUGCUCUUAAUAAAUCUUCUCGAUAUUUCGUAACCAACGCCGUUUGAACCUUCUAGAUUGACUUUUCGAAUAAACUGAACUUGAUGCUUCUCAGUCACAUUAUUAUCGUAUUACGUGUUGACUCAAUAGUUUUCCUAUAAUAUUGAGUCAACUGUCAACGCAACUCGCGAUUCUGUAGCUUAACAAAACAAAUGUUAAAACUGCAUCAGGACGAUUCAGUGCUUUAUUUUUGAAAUUAAUUGACAUAUUUUUCGUAAUUCAAUGGUGGCAACAAUUUUUUGAUAAUUUUCAGUUAUGUUAUCUCUUCAUAAAUAACAUCAUAUUUCAAUAACUAGAGAAUCAAUCCGUAAACGUAGUAUAAUGUUAGAUUUCUUGAUUACAAUUCGUACAUUACUUUAUAUUCACAAUGACGAAAACCAAAACAACUUGAGACUACAUUUUCGGUCAUUUUCUUCAUUGUUUUGAUUGGAAAUUUGAAGUCAUUUUUCUGUAGCAUCAUGUUUUCAUGUGUAUCAAGCUUUUGGCUUUGAUGUAAUGAUUAAAACAGCGUGUACGUAUAAGAAGUGUGCUAUUUUUCGAUCAAGACGCAUCCGUGGAACUGUAGCUAUACCUAUAUAAUCAUCUUUCGUGAUAUCUGAUAUCGAUAAAUAUCAUAAAGUAAUCGUAGUUUUGAACCAUAGUGUUAUUGCGCUUACCAAAUCUUGUUUGUGUUUUGUUAAAGCAAUAGAUUCUCAAGUGAAUAAGUGAUCCUGCCAUUGAUAACCAUGAUCGAGCUCUUUGAAAUUGUUUCUUACAGUAUGUAGUGCUGUUGUUGGUGAACAUGAUGUUUGACUCAUACCGAUGCAUCAUUCUAACAUUGUUAACGAAAAAUAACUUUCCGAUUUUCGACAUUUGAUUCAGAGGGAGGAAGUCUUUCUUUCCGGUUUUGAUUUUCAACAAAUUUGGCUGCGAUAUUCUCCCACUUUUGAAUCAGACUUCGAUAAUGCGAAUGGUAAUAACAGAAAAAAGGAACACUCUAAUAACAUCCACUACAACAUAACAUGUAAAAAAAAACUAAUGUGUGCCAUUUUGUACUUUCAAGUUACAGUAGCCAUUACCGUGCUUCGAAAAUAAGUGAAACGAAUCAAAACAAGAGGUUCUAACUGUUUUAUAGCGUAAACAUUGAAAUAGUAGAAAUUCAGAUGAAUAAAUCAUAUAUUAAUGUGGCGUUAAUUUGUCUAGAUUUCUUAUAAGUGAUGAAAUAUCAGAAAUAAUACAGGAAUAUAGAUUUCGAAUGUCAUAUUUGCUAACAGAGAAGAAAAAACAAAAGCACCAGGUUCAAUAAAAUCACAUUACUUAGAAAUUUAUUAGUUUCAUUGCAGAACGAAGCACACACAUAUAUUUUUUAUGUCCCAGGAACAUGUGCUUCGUCAGGUCACAAACUACAGACUGUCAUUUGCGUUGCAUCUAUCAGUAAGUAAGCACGUUCGGGUUCAUUUAUUUCAAACUCAAUUAGAAGGAUAGAAAUUUUUCCUAUUUAGUUUAUAAGAUGGAAAGUGUUUUGGUCUGUUCUAUGCUUUUUGUUCUUAGUUGUGUAGCAGAAAAAAAGAUGAAAUAAUUUAAGCACAAUGUUACUCGAGAAUCUUUUUUCCAUAA